AUGCUAGUACCCAAGGUUAGAAUACCCUGUCAGCACACCAAAAAGAGUGAGGGGUGGAAGAGAAAGGAGGAAAAGGAAGCAAAACAUGCCCCACCAGAGAGGCAUCUGUCGCUGUGCAACAAUAUUGGGGCUGGUUAUCAACACAUUCUAGAAUUCUGUGACGUGGUGCAUUGUGUUACUUCAUACUAUCGUAGUGGAAUAGUUUUUACCGCGACCAGCCACGGAGCUGAUCCGUCGCACAUAGAUGAGCCAAACUUAGCAACAUUGCUCCGGGAACCUCGUCGCCAAAAUUUUCGGCUAUCGGUCAGUUCUACCAUGAUGGAUGCCACAGCGCGACCCGAGGGAGCGGUGAAAGAGAGGAGCAGAGUGCUGCGCCUCACUUCGAUCAAUCCUCAUCGCGGCAUUAGCGCACGGGGAUCUUCCAAUGGAAAGUGCGGUAAGAUCCGCCCGGUGACACACGAUGAAAAAUAUUAA